GCAUUCCCGUCGAUUUCUGCGAGGGACUGUGCCCCCUUUGGCAUGGAGAGAAGAGAACGGCGGUGUCUGUCAGGGCAGUUAGAGCCUUGGCGAGCAGAAAAUUGGGGGCGGGCGCGCCGACGCGCUCCCAACCCGCCUGCAGCCCUUAUCCGGUACCAUGAGGUUGGAGGUCGCAGGCUGGAAGACGACUACGAGCUUCAGGAUGAGAUCCUUGGAAGCGGGAUGUCAGGCAGUAUCCAGCUCGUGACAAGUGGCUUGGCACUGCAAUGUGAUGAUGUAGACCGACGAGAGGCUGGCGAACUGGCUCGCAAAGUCGACGGACGCAAACAUGCUUUGAAGACUUUUGACAAGAACGGACUGACCGAAGGCCGGUACAGACACCUGAAGAAGGAAUGCGAAGUCUUUCUGACGGUGGACCAUCCAAACAUCGCGCAACUGAGCGAUGUCUACGAAUGGGAGGAUGGCAUUGCACUCAUUAUGGAGUACUGCUCCGGCGGGGAGCUGUUACAGCGCCUGGAGGCUCAAGAGGUCUACGACGAAGCGGCUGCUGCAGAGGCAACGUCCCAGAUGCUCCAAGCUGUCAACUAUCUUCAUGCACACAGCAUCGUCCACCGCGAUCUGAAGCUCCAGAACUUCCUCUACGAAUCAGCAGAGAAAGAUGCCCUCCUGAAGCUGAUUGACUUCGGGCUUUGCGAAACCCUGGAAGAUGCUGACAUGAAAAUGAAAGCUUCUGUCGGCACCCUGGAGUUCUGCAGCCCAGAUGUCAUCAGUGGCAAGGAAUACACCAGCCAAUGUGACCUCUGGAGCUUGGGUGUUGUGGUCUUCAUGCUUCUUGCGGGUCGGCCUCCAUGGAGCACCUCAAGAGGAUUUGAGGGCAUGCGCAAAGACAUUGAGAGGGGCCUGGUGAAGUGGGACCGGCUUCACACUGUCUCCGAGCACGCGAGAGACUUCGUGCAGAAACUUCUAGUUGUCAACCCCGCCCAGCGCAUGACGGUGGCUUGGUAUUCUUCCAAGUCGAAGAUGCAGCGCCUGCUUCUGCCGCAUGCAGAUUUGGAGCUGUCAUUUCUUCGGGGGCAGCUCUUGGCCCAGGAGCUUGCCCCGGAGGAGGUCAGCGAGAUGCGCUGGGACCUCGCAGCGCUUGCGGAAGGCAUGGAAGGCAGAACGUUAAGGGAGGGUCCGGCCAAGGACGCUCGGGGAACCAUCCGGCUUUGCGACUUGAAGGAUGCUAUGCGCCGUCACUCGCGACGUGCCAAAAAUCAAUCUCCCACGAAUGCAAGGCAGGAGGACGAUGCUUAUGCUCAUGCUGGUGCAAGCUGGAAGUUCGCGAUUUCAGCACCCGGCAGGGAGACGGCUCCUUUUCUGGUUUCGCCUCCAGCAGACGAGGCAGAGCAGAUUUUCUCGGUGUUGGAUGCCAAUGGAGACGAGGACUUCCUGGCUGCAACAGCGAGCGUCCGCUGGCAGCUACGGCGUGAAGUUCUCCGCAAGAUUUUCAAUCGCUUUGACCGAGAUCGCUCCGGCACUAUCAGUAUGCAUGAGGUUCAGCUGGUUCUCAAAGAGUCACUCGAGGACGGUAGCGUGGAGGAACUGUUGGAAGAGUCCAAAGUGGCUCUCGACAGCAACGGCGAGAUCAGUUUCGAGGCAUUUGUCAACCUCUUCGAGAAAAAGGAUGUUCUGCCCCCUGAGCAACUCCUCCCUCCAGAGCAGAAUGUGCCCCAUGCGCUUCCAAGAGAGGAUCUGCUGCGUGCUUGCGCCUGGGAUGAAACGCCCAAAAGUCCUGUGUCUUCGACCAGGAGCACGAAGAAAAGAUAUCGCUUCAGCCUGCAGAACCCGAGCCUGAAGACAGACAAGCGAGCAUCAGCUAGCCGCAGCCUGUUGGAUGUGCCAAGCCAGCAGCGUGCCUUAGCUAUCAUUAGGUUGAUGGCCUGCCUGGUGCAAGUGCAGAUGUCAUGUGUCGUGCGCCGGUGGUGGCUCUCGCAGUCUUGGGCUCGGCCCUGCUGUUUCCACGCCUUCCGUGGCAAACGGCGCAGAGUUGGCUUGAAGAAUGGCGUCCUUCCUUCCAUCCUCUCUGAUGGGCAGUGCGAGUUGAGUUUCGACCUAUUCGAUACCGCAGACUUCUUUACGAUGGCCAAAGCAGGGCCCGGGCCCAGAACCAUUUCCGCUGUGAUCGAGGACAUCGGCUAUGGUCAGAGUCAGUUAUUUACCAGCUUUAUCGUGAACGGCGCGUGGUUGGCAGAUGGAGCAGAGCUGCUGGUUUUGAGUUCAAUCUCGACCACCUUGUCAGCUGAAUGGGAUCUCACUGCAAUCCAGCGUGGCUGGUUACUGUCAGUCGUCUACUUGGGCGUCCUUGUUGGGAACAUUCUCAGUGGCAUUUUGGGCGACACGCUGGGACGCCGGCAUGCUGUGCUGGUUUGCUUUCCAAUGGUGGCGCUGCUCAGUCUGGCAAGUGCAGGAGCCUCGAGCUUCUGGAUGCUCUUGCCGCUCCGGUUCUUCGUCGGGGUGGGGUUUGGCACGGGACAGCCCAGUGCUGUGGCGAUCCUGAUGGAAAUCUCGCCGGUCCACUCCAGAGCCUUGAACCAAGGGCUGGCACAAACGGCCUUUGCAAUGGGAGAGCUGUACUGCUGCUUCGUCAUGUGGCUCGAUGAUCCUAGUUUGCAACAGCUGAACUGGAGACGAAUGUUGAUGGCCAACGCCAUCCCAGCUUUCAUUUUUUGGCUGAUUGCGUGGGCUCUUCUGCGGGAGUCUCCAGCUUUCUCGGCCGCUACAGGCAAGCGUGAGGAAGCACUGGACACGCUAGACGCCAUGCGGAAGCGCAACGGACGCCCCGAUGUCGACAUAGACUUUGAGAGUGUCCAAGAGACGAGUGGCACGGCAUCGGCUUCUGUCUGGAAGCAACUGCCCAAGAUCAUCAGCCUCUCAACAGCUGUUCUCUGCUUGGUGUGUUUUUCCUACAAUCUCACGAUUUACGGAGCAUUUACAGCCUUUCCCCAACUGCUACCACAACUGCUGAAAGAGACACGGGAAAGCCCUGUUCUCGAGCUUACAAGGGGUGCCUUCGCCGAGAUACCCGGUGAUUUGUUUGGUCUCCUGGCUGGCUUGGCUCUGCCGCGAAAGUGGGUGCUUUACGGUUACUUCACUGGCUUGGGCAUCUCCAGCCUGCUGCGCCUUGGCGUAGUGAUGCGUACUUUUUGGUGUGGUGCUCAGCAGAAAGUACACAUUGCAGGCUAG